AUGGAUAAGCUCUCGAAUUCAUUUUCAUUACUCGAGUUAGAAUCUAAAGAUUCUAAGCUGGAAAGUUCAGUUGCCAAUAAAGGAAUGAUGGGUAAAUGUUCGAAAGAUGAGGCCCUGCUUGAAAAUGGCAAUGGGGAUCAACAAACCGGUGAAACGGCCUCGGGGGGAUUUAAUAUGCCACUUGUCUGGAUUGACCUGGAAAUGACUGGUUUGAAUGUUGAAGUUGAUAGAAUUCUGGAGAUUGCUUGUGUUAUCACAGAUGGGAAUUUAACCAAGUCAAUUGAGGGUCCCAUUUUGGUUAUUCAUCAAACAAAAGAGUGUCUUGAUGAGAUGGGAGAAUGGUGUCAAGAACAUCAUGGAGAAAGUGGUUUGACGAAGAGGGUUCUUGAAAGCACAAUAAGUGAACAAGAAGCUGAAAAGCAGGUCAUCAAAUUUGUGAAGAGACAUGUGGGCUCAUAUAAACUUCACAUAGCGGGAAAUUCUAUCUACAUGGAUCUUCUAUUUUUAAAGAAGUACAUGCCAGAUUUGGCUGCCCUUUUCUCCCACGUCAUCGUUGAUGUCAGCAGUGUCAAUGCAUUGUGCCUACGUUGGUACCCAAGAGACAAGCGAAGGGCUCCAAAAAAGCGGAACAAACACAGAGCAAUGGAUGACAUCAAAGAAAGUAUAGCCGAGCUUAAGUUCUACAAGGAGCACAUAUUCAAAUCCAAAUCGAAAAAAUGA